AUUAUUUUAUUUUUUCAUACCCUUGUUGCCCUCUCGGACAACAAAAACAAAGGCCUCAGUCCUCAGCUACUCUGUCUCUAUCUCUUCAAAGUUCUACCUUUUGCAGCUGAAGACUUGAAGAAAAGUGAAAAACAAGAAAAACCCAGAACUGUAAUGACAGAUAAUAGGGAUAAUGACAAUUUAACAUCAACCGAUAAUUCGUUUGGAAAGCUUCCUGAUCAUCUCCUAAUUGAAAUUUUCAUCAGAGUGCCAGUUUUAGAGUGGGCAAAAGUAUCUUGUGUCAAAAAACAGUGGGCCAACUUGUUUCAUGGAGAAUGCUUGUGGCAAGCUGCUUUAGUGAGGACAUUUCCUUUGGCUAGCCAAGAUAAAAGGUGGCCUGGACCUAUUCCUCGAGAACUAAGCAAAAGGAGAUUUGCUGCUUUAUAUGUAAGUAAACACAUCUUUGCACUAGACGAUGAGAUAGAUGAGAUUGUGGGCCAUACAUAUUUAUUUUUGAAAGAGCAGCUUGAACUUUCAACUAUGCCACCUCAUUCUGGGAUACUCCAUGGAACCAUAAUUGCAGAUCAGUUUAUUGCUUGCGGUAAAUCAAGAGACGUCACCCAUGAGCUUGCUUCACAGAUUUGGUUGGCAGUUCUUGACAAUUUGGAAGAAAAUCAGCACACAUUUCUUUUACUUAAGCGUCUUGCUCUGGAGGGGGACGUUUUUCUUCCAUUCCCAUACUCUAGAUCAAUCAAAGUCCAAUGGAGGGUGUUCGAGAAGCUUUUCACCGAUUUUCGUGACUGCGUCAAUCAUGCAGAUUACUAUGAUCUACUGGCAAUGGCAAAGAAUGAGUUUCAACCAAUACCGUCUGCAUGGCUAGGUUACUAGUCUUCCAAAUGUAUAUCAUGGAUUAUUGAUCCCCAAAGACGAAGAGUAUAUCCUCCUGGAUCAGGCAACCAAUUCGCGCAUAUGAACACGAGUGUUUACCUCCACUCAACGCCUUCUGCAUUCCUCGGCAACUUCAUCGGGUAAAGUUGUCGUUACCCUGUUUCAUAAAGAAGUGCAUAUUGUAUUCUAUGAAUCAACCAUUCUUAUAAAUGUUGAAUAUUACACCUCAAACUUAAUGUGAAUUCUUAGACUGUUACAGUUACACAGUUUGUGAAAAGAAGUUUGUGACAUUGAUAUCGCUGGGAUUUUUCGAUAACCAUUAUAUUUUGUUGUUCUACUUCAGCUUGUUAUUCUUAGUAAAACCAUCCUAUUUAUUACAUCUAUUUCAUGUGAAGAAGACAGAGUUGUUGCAUAUUGUAAGCAAGCAAAU